AUGGCACAGCCUCCCCAAAAUCCAAACCGAUCGAAACCUUUGAUCAGACUCGAACCAAUCCCUAGAGCUCCCGAUCUACGCGUCAUCUUCACCGAUGCAGCAUGGAACCCACUGACGGGAAACGCAGGCUUUGGUUGGAUCGUUGAUGAUCUGGUCUCGCCAUCACAAUAUGCAGCGAAUGCGACCUUCGUCUCAUCGCCUCUCAUGGCAGAAACUCUGGCUGUCCUUAAAGCCAUAACCUUUGCUCAAUCACGCGGUAUGGCCUCGAUCCUCAUCCUCUCAGACUCCCAAGUUCUCAUCAACACAAUCAACAGGAGGGAGUUAUUGCUUGAGAUCUAUGGACCGCUCUGUGAUAUCUACCACCUGCUUCUCUCAUUUAUGUCGUAUGUGUUUAAGUUUAUUCCCCGUUCAGAAAACUCUAGAGCAGAUUCUGUAGCAAAGCAGGCCCUUUGGGCCAUGCAAAACUAA